AUUUUGUGAAUCUCGUGUUAAAAUGUUGUUUUCCAAGCUGCAGCAUCAAAGCGUUAUUCUCGUUGGGGAGCGGUCGGAUUGCAUGUGCUCGAGUUUAUAAACACAGCACUUUCAAAAUUAAGUCUCAGUGCAAAGGCAUUUUUUUUGCAAAUAAAGAAAGAAAGAAAAAAAUGGCUUGCAAAAAACUGAGCAGCCUAAUGUGGCAGAAGCGGCCGCUUUGGAAGUCUGCAAAAUUGCAGGCUUUUGCAUGCGGUUCAGUCGCUGCAAACUCAAACGGGUUGGACGAGACAGGCAAAAAGUGCUGCAAGAAAACUGCUGGCACCACGGUACCGAACCCAGCUGCAGUCUCCGGUACGGCCCCUCCGGCUCCCCAGACCCACAGACACCAACUAGGGGGGAAAGAUUCGGUCCCGGUGCCGGGAAGGUCAUAUUCAUCCGCCGCUGCCAAAGUGGACUCCAAAACGUUCUUGUGGGCACGCUAUAAUGAAAUGAAACGGCUUGUGCACGACCUGCUUCCCCCGGGCGUAUGCAACCUGCUCAAUCCCUCCACGAUCUACGCCAACAACGAAGUCAGCCUGCAUGAAGUGGACAUCUACGGCUUCGACUACGACUACACCCUGGCUCUGUACUCCAACGCCCUGCACUCCAUGAUCUAUGACACGGCCAGAGACUUCCUCAUAGAGAGCUUCAAGUACCCCAAGGGCCUCCGGGAAUAUGACUACGUGCCCAAUUUUGCUGCCAGGGGCCUGCACUACGAUAUCCAAAAGGGUUUGUUGAUGAAAAUUGAUGCCUUUCAUUACAUCCAGUUGGGGACAGUUUACAGGGGGCUGAAGCCGGUUCCAGAUGAUGAAGUCAUCGAGCUGUAUGGUGGGACGCACCAUAUCCCUCUGCACCAAGUCAGUGGCUUCUAUGGCAAGGGUCCCAAAAUGAAACAGUUCAUGGAUAUCUUCUCAAUUCCCGAAAUGACUCUGCUGGCUUCCGCCAACGACUUCUUCAUCAGCAACAACAUAGACUAUGAUCCUGUGCAUCUUUACAAAGACGUUUCAGACGCCAUUGGGAACGUGCACAUCAAGGGCUACAUGUACAAGUGGAUCAUGCAGGAUCUCGAGAAAUACAUUCUAAGAGGAGACGAGACGUACGCUGUGCUGCAGCGGCUGGUCAGCCAGGGGAAGAAACUCUUCCUCAUCACAAACAGUCCCUUCAGCUUCGUUGACAAAGGCAUGACAUACAUGGUUGGGAAGGAGUGGAGGGAAUUCUUCGAUGUUGUCAUAGUGCAGGCUGACAAACCCCACUUCUUCAACGACUGUGUCAAACCUUUCCGCCGUCUGGACAACAAUGGUGACCUGCAGUGGGACAAAAUCAGCUCUCUGGAAAAGGGUCAGAUCUACAAACAGGGGAACCUCGUUGACUUUCUAAGGCUGACUGGAUGGAGAGGAUCCAAAGUGCUGUACUUUGGAGAUCACCUGUACAGCGAUCUAGCCGACCUUAUGCUGCGUCAUGGCUGGAGGACGGGCGCCAUCGUGCCCGAGCUGGAAGUGGAGACCAAGGUGGUGAAUACGGAGCAGUACGCCCAGAGCCUCACCUGGCUGCAGGCACUCACAGGGCUGCUGGAGCGCAUGCAGGUGCAUCGGGAUGUGGAGUCUCAGAAGGUUCUCCAGGACUGGCUGAAGGAGAGAGAGGAGCUCAGGGCUGUGACCAAGAACCUGUUCAACCCCCAGUUUGGCAGCAUCUUCCGGACCUGCCACAACCCCACCUACUUUUCCAGACGUCUCUGCAGGUUCUCUGACCUCUACAUGGCCUCCAUCAGCUGCCUGCUGAACUACGACCUCCGCUAUACCUUCUACCCACGACGCACCCCCCUGCAGCACGAGGCCCCCCUCUGGAUGGACCAGCUGUGCACUGGCUGCAUGAAAACUCCCUUCCUGGAGGAGAUGGCUCACAUCCGCUAAGAGGGAGCUGGGCACACAGACUGAGACUGAAGCUCCAGCGGAACAGCGCCGCCCUGCUGGGGACAUCUCUAACUGCAAGAAACUAACACAUUAGGACAGGGCUUCUGGUCUCCCUUCCAGCUGAACUCUGUUACUUAACUAAACCCUGAAUUGAAAUAGCUUAAUUUAACCUUUUGUUGAGCUAAAAACGAUUAAAGGCCUAAUUUAAGAGCAUUUAGUUAAAUUAAGGGUUUAGUUAAGUAAUUGAGAGCCCAGUUGGAAUGAAAACCAGCAGACACAGGACUGGAUUUGAGGUUUACAAGAUUAGAAGAGAAAUCCUUCAUCAGUUGAGGGGUAGGGGUAAGAGAACUCGAAACUUUUUUUUGGAGGAUUUAUACUAAGAAACAAAACCGGAUGUGUGAAAAAAAAAAAAAAAGUUUCAAAGUGGUGAAACGCAAGCUGUUGGGAAUUGCAAUUUUUAUACCAGACUUUUAAAAGAAAUGCAAUUGACCAACCCUAAUCUCAUCCACAGGGUUUUGUAUUGAGGUGGGAAUGAGUACUGGCAACAGUUGGUUUUAUUUUCAUUUAAAACAAGUUUUAAGAAUCUUUUUUUUUUUGUUUUAUGAAUGUCAUUCAAAAAAAAAAUAAAAAAAAAAAAAAAAAAAAAAAAAAA